AGAAACUGUGUUUGGGGAGGAAUCGGAUCUUCAUAUUUCUUCUUUCAGCUACAUCAAGGGUCGUGGUUGGAACUUUCCACCAAUUCUUUCCUUUUUUUUUUUCUCUCCCUCGAGCCUUUACCGCUACUCUCUCCGUCUGUCACAGUGAAGUCAGCCUCCAGAGUAUGCAGGUUAAAUUUCGAAAUGUAUCAUAAGGAUGUCAGGUAUUUCUUACUAGUUUCCCAAAAACUUAGAUAAAGAAAUCUUUCCUAGAGUGUCCUUUUCAGGUUGCAUUUGGACACUGUCUUGAGUUGAAGCAGAAGGAGGUGGAGGGCGACAGCAAAGGGCCCAGAAAAAAAUGCCCCAGGGCCACAGGCCAAGCCCGGUGAGCGUGCCUGGGGUCGGACACACACACCUUGCUAUGCUCCACCAAAGUCAAGUUAUUUUCUAUUGAAAGUGCAAGCCCGUCAAGAUCAUGCUGUUCUUCCUUGUCAUUCUGUUGCCAGUAGCUUUGAAAUUCAGUUUUGUUAGUCUCUCAGCACUGCAGCCCCGGAACUGCCCCUCGGGAGAUGGGGAUUCUCCUUGUGCGGGUCCUGCACCCUUCUUAAUUUUUUCUCAUGGAAAUAGUAUCUUCAGAAUUGACCUGGAAGGAACCAAUCAUGACAAAUUGGUGACAGAUGCUGGCGUUUCAGUGAUCAUGGAUUUUCAUUACAACAAAGAAAGACUCUAUUGGGUAGAUCUAGAAAAACAACUUUUGCAAAGAGUUUUUCUGAAUGGGACAAGGCAAGAGAAAGUAUGCAAUAUAGAGAAAAAUGUUUCAGGAAUGGCAAUAAAUUGGAUAAAUGAAGAACUUAUUUGGUCAAAUCAACAGGAAGGAAUCAUUACAGUAACAGAUAUGAAAGGAAACAAUUCCCGUGUUCUUUUAAGCACCUUAAAAUAUCCUGCAAAUGUAGCGGUUGAUCCAGUAGAAAGGUUUAUAUUUUGGUCUUCAGAGGUGGCCGGCAGCCUUCACAGAGCAGAUCUCAAUGGUACUGAAGUGAAGAUGCUGUUGGAGACGUCAGAGAAAAUAACAGCCAUGUCGCUGGACGUGCUUGAUAAACGGCUCUUUUGGAUUCAGCACAACAGAGAGGGAAGCAAUUCUCGUAUUUGUUCCUGUGAUUAUGAUGGAGGUUCUGUCCAUUUCAGCAAACAUCUUACACAGCACAAUUUGUUUGCAAUGUCCCUUUUUGGUGACCAUAUCUUCUAUUCUACAUGGAGAAAGAAGACAAUUUGGAUAGCUAACAAACACACAGGGAAGAAUAUGGUUCGAAUCAACCUCAACUCAUCAUUUGCACCACCUGGUGACAUUAAAGUAGUGCACCCAUUCGUACAGCCCAAGGCAGAGCAUGAUGCUUGGGCGGCUGAUCAGAAACUCUGCAAGCUGAGGGAAGGUAACUGCAGAAGCAGCGUGUGUGGGCGCGACCCCAAGUCCCAUCUGUGCACUUGUGCGGAGGGAUAUGCUUUAAGCCAGGACGGAAAGUACUGUGAAGAUGUCAAUGAAUGUGCCUUUUGGAAUCAUGGCUGUACUCUUGGGUGUGAAAACAUCGCUGGAUCCUAUUAUUGCACAUGCCCUGUAGGGUUUGUUCUGCUUUCUGAUGGGAAACGGUGUCACCAAUUAAUUUCCUGUCCAAGCAAUGCAUCUGAAUGCAGCCAUGGCUGUGUUCUGACUUCAGAUGGUCCCAUGUGUUUCUGCCCAGAAGGCUCAGUGCUUGAGACAGAUGGAAAAACAUGUAGUGGCUGUUCAUCACCUGAUAAUGGUGGAUGUAGCCAGCUCUGCCUUGCUCUCAGCCCAGUAUCCUGGGAAUGUGGUUGCCUUCCUGGGUAUGACCUGCAACUGGACAGAAAAAGCUGUGCAGCUUCAGGACCACAACCGUUUUUGCUGUUUGCCAAUUCUCAAGAUAUUCGACACAUGCAUUUUGAUGGAACAGACUAUGUAACCCUGCUCACCCAACAGAUGGGAGUGGUUUUUGCCCUCGAUCAUGACCCUGUGGAAAAUAAGAUAUACUUUGCCCAUACGGCCCUGAAGUGGAUAGAGAGAGCCAAUAUGGAUGGUUCCCAACGAGAAAGGCUUAUCGAGGAAGGAGUAGACGUUCCAGAAGGUCUUGCUGUGGACUGGAUUGACCGUAAACUCUAUUGGACAGACAGAGGGAAAUCUGUCAUUGAAGGCAGUGAUUUAAGUGGAAAACAUCAUGAAAUAAUCAUUAAGGAGAACAUCUCUCAGCCACGAGGAAUCACUGUUCAUCCAAUGGCCAAGAGGUUAUUCUGGACUGAUAUGGGGAUUAAUCCACGAAUUGAAAGUUCUUCCCUUCGAGGCGCUGGCCGACUGAUUAUCGCUAGCUCUGGGCUGGUCUGGCCCAGUGGAAUAACAAUUGAUUUCUUAACUGACAAGUUGUAUUGGUGCGAUGCCAAACAGUCUGUGAUUGAGAUGGCCAAUCUGGAUGGUUCAAAACGCCAAAGACUUGCCCAGAAUGAUGUAGGUCACCCAUUUGCUGUGGCUGUGUUUGAGGAUCACGUGUGGUUCUCUGACUGGACUGUGCCAUCGGUAAUAAGGGUGAACAAGAGGACUGGCAAAAACAGGGUACGUCUCCGAGGCAGCAUGCUGAAGCCCUCAUCACUGGUUGUAGUUCAUCCAUUGGCAAAACCAGGGGCAGAUCCCUGCUUAUAUCAAAACGGAGGCUGUGAACACAUUUGCAAAGAGGAGUUUGGAACUGCUCAGUGUUCAUGUCGUGAAGGUUUUGUGAAAGCCCCAGAUGGGAAAAUGUGUCUGGCUCUAAAUGUCCAUCAGAUAUCAACAGGUAGUGAAGCAGAUCUAAGCAAUCAAGAAAUGUCAUCAGAUUUCUUAUCCAGCAGUCAAGAGUUUGAAGAUAACACUACACAAUCCCAACAUAUGCUUGUGGCUGAAAUCAUGGUGUCAGAUGAAGAUGACUGCGGUCCCAUGGGAUGUGGUGCACACUCUCGAUGUGUGUCAGAGGGAGAGGUCGCCACGUGUCAGUGUUUGAGAGGAUUUGCUGGGGAUGGAAGAGUAUGUUCUGAUAUAGAUGAAUGUGAGAUGGGUAUACCAGCUUGCUCACACCCUUCCUCCAAGUGCAUCAAUACUGAAGGUGGCUAUGUGUGCCAGUGCUCAGAAGGCUACCAGGGAAAUGGGACUCACUGUCUUGACAUUGAUGAGUGCCAACUGGGCGUGCACACCUGUGGGGAAAAUACCACCUGUACAAAUACAGAGGGAAACUACACCUGCAUGUGUGCCAGCAGCCUGUCUGAACCUGGAUGGAAUUGCCCUGACUCGACUCCACCGCCUCAUCCCAGGGAGGACGGCCACUUUUCUGUGAGAAAUACUUACUCAGAAUGCCCCCCGUCGCAUGUGGGGUACUGCCUCCACGGCGGUGUGUGUAUGUACAUUGAAUCCGUGGACAGCUACGCAUGCAACUGCAUUGUUGGCUACGUGGGGGAGCGAUGUCAGCACCAAGACCUGAGGUGGUGGGAGCUGCGCCAUGCUGACCAGGGGCGGCGGCAGCGGAACAUCACCGUGGUGGCUGUCUGCGUGGUGGCGCUCGUCCUGCUGCUGCUCCUGAUGCUGUGGGGUGCUCACUACUACAGGACUCAGAAGCUGCUAUCGAAAAAUCCAAAAAACCCUUAUGAAGAGUCGAACAGAGAAGCGAGCGUUAGCAGGCCUGCAGACAGAGAGGCUGGGGUGGCCUCUUGCCCCCAACCUUGGUUUGUGGUUGUAAAGGAACACCAGAGUCUCAGCAAUGGGAAUCACCCUGCGGCCCUCGCAGACGGCCAGGCAGCAGAUGUUGGACAGUUUUCCUCCCAGGAGCCUGGUCGGUGGUUAUCUUCACCUUCUUCCUGAAUGCCUUCCUGAAUGGGUCAGUGCAACCAACACCAUGAAAGAAGGAGCCCCAGAUGCGUACAGGCACAGAGCACAGCUGCAGCAUUCCACUAUCCAGUGACAGUGUCUCUGGUCUCCAGAGAAUGGAGUGCAGCUUUCCUCUCCCCUCCCAUGGGGCGUGGCCCAUUGCUGGGGGGGUUGAGUA